CAAUUGAACUGAACAAGAAGCAGCUUAAUGAGCAUGGAACGUUGAGAUUAAUGGUUUUAUGGUGCGUUCGAAGAUAGCGAUUCCCACUCUCUGAAAUAUCAUUGCAGAUCGAUCAAGGAAUCGCAGAACCCGGUGCCUGGGUUUGGGCCGCAUACCAAGGGAUGUCCACGCAGCGGCUGCGACCGUCAGGGCUAUUUUCAUUAUGGCAAAGCCCGCGACGGAAUUUUAUGGCUAUCUACUCAAUACCUCGCGGGUUUGCGGACAUGCGCCAAACCUCACCGCCCACAGGAUCCUCCAUACACCACGAAACCGCAUCCAGAAACGAAAGGAGCCGAGACACCGCCGGCGUCAAUGACCAGAAAGAUGAACCGAAGAUGGGUUAUGACCCCGAGCGCAUGACGCGGGAGCGGUCCGAACUAUUCGAACUCUUUUCGCUGUCCAGGAUUCCUGAUCCACGCACGGACCUAGGUGUCAAGAUUGAUGAACUGGGCCAAUUGCAGAUCACAGAUCCUGUUGAGAGUCGACGAAAACAUAAAACUGCCUUGGUACUGUCCGCUGUGCCGAUUUCUCUGGUUGAACGUGAUUUCAGGCGGCUCCUUGACCCGGGAAAACAUAUUGAAGGGUGGACAAGCGGUGGCGGACUGGAAGAAAUCAUCCCAGCACGAGACCCUCAAACACUCCGUCGUAAACAUGGUUGGAUUCUUAUCUUUGCAACUCCUGCCGCAGCACAAGAAUACCAGGCUCGCAUUCACAAUCUGCGAGUCCUCCUUCGCCAUCAUCUACCGAUAACGUCUGAAUCAAAACUACAACUCCCGCCGGCCUAUACUGUUCACGGCUCUCGCGGCUUCACACUUCAAGACUACACAAUCAGUAGCCCUUGGCAAUACCCAUCAGUGCUCGCUUACCUUGCGCCAUUCAGCGACCAUUUACAAGAAGUCAUUAAGACACACAACAACAUCCUCGCCCAAAAGCAAAAGGAACGCCGAACAUACCCCGUCCAAAUAUCCCUCGACACCCGCCAGAUACCCAAUAUAUCCACACGGCAUAUCGUCUCCUUCGUUCACUGGGAUGCUGAAAAUCGCAGAGUACCGUGGCGCCUCGCUGAAACGCUGAGGCCUAUCUCCCCUCUAACGAACGCCACGCCGCAUAGGAUCUUGGAUUCUGAAGAAGACGCCAAGAUUCUGAAUGGAAUAGGCAACUGGCGCAUUUUGUUUGAGAACUCGUCGGAAGCAAGAAGAUUUGUGCGGACCUGGCACCGGAGGCCGUUGCCGAAAUUUACGGGAUUACCGAACUGCGACCCUCCACCACUACUGCAUGUUGAGUGUUUGUUCCGGGACGGGUAUUGAUAAAUAUAGCAAUAUCAUACUCCUACACAUUGCCAUCCUUAUUUAUAUGUGGAUGUCCCAGAUACAAUUGUCAGACAGCUCCGAUUGAUAUCUACUUCAAAAUGUACGGAGUAGCGUAUCUGUAAUAUGUAAGGUAAGGUACCCUAUACUCUCUGGUGAAACAUGCUUAAAUUCAUACUUGUUCACCUUCCUGUUGGAGGCUUACAGGCCGUUUGCAAUGAUUAUUAUGGAUG